AUGGAAGCAGCGAUGGUGGUGGGUCGGGUGACGCGACCACCGCCUCAGGACGCCGUGCGUCCGAGGAUGGGAACCCUGGCAGUGGAACGCACAGGGAUCUACAAGCUGGACUACCGCAUGGUCCGGGAGCCCCUCGUGGAAGAGUGGCGAUGGCGCGAUGGCCGCAUGGAGGGAGAUGGCCCGACGCGCGAUGUCGGCAACACGAGUACGAAGGGGCCGUCUGAGAGACUGAUCAUCCCCACCUUUAGCGGGGACGUGGAGGGCACCGGUGACUUGGGCACUUCUGCCCGGAGCUAUCUCAGGCAAAUAGCCGCCUGGGAAAAGAUGACGAAGUUGACGCCGGACCAACGCGCCCUGGUCCUCUACCAGAACCUCCAGGGAUCAGCAUGGGUCAAUUCCGAGUCGCUUUGUGUUGAGGACUUGGCUAGGCGGGAUGGCGUGCAGGUGCUGAAGGAUUGGAUCACCCAGCACUACCUGGACAUCGAGGUGACCCAGGUGGGAAGGUCGCUGAGUGACCUGUUCAGAAAGCUGAGGAGAAAGCCCAGUCAGACUUUCCGCGACUACACUUCAGAGUUCAAUAGGGCCAGCUUGGACGAGUCGACGGAGGUCUCGCUUCUGGCCUCGGUGGGGAACAGAUACGCUCUACGUGACCUACAACAGGCCGCGAUAAUCCUGGAUCGCUCCAUCCGCAAGCCUUGGGAGCGCGGGAGCCGCGGCGAUGGGGCGGCAGCCAAGCGCUACAACUCGGUGAACCACACGGAGGAGGCCGAGGGCAUCGACCAGGACGACUCCGAGCAGGACUUUGACCUCGUCGACCAAAUCGGCGAGGACACGGGCGACUUGUACAUCACCUACAUGACCGCGAAGGCCAGAUAUCGGGAUGCCACCAAGGCCCGUGGAAUGGAAAGCCAUGGAUCCGCGGAUCGUCGCGGACUAGACACCGCUGCUGUGAAGCGAGCUGCGGAAGCCAAGACCGUGCAUGUGACCAACGACAUUGUCGAGUUUGCCUCGAAUGGGCAGUUUGAGCUCUAUGCCAUCCUGGAUUCAGCGUGCUCCACCAAGUCGGUGGUCGGGACCAACUGGCUUGAGCGCUAUCUGGGACUCACUCGCGGCAAGGACUAUGACAUCGGCUUCAUCUAUGAGCGCGAGGCUUUCAAGUUCGGGGCGGCCCAUAAGAUCUACGAGUCAUCGUAUGCGGCAGUGAUCCUGGUCCCGAUCUACGAUC